AUGAAGCGGUCCCACGAGGCGGUUAGCCCUCCAAGGAUCAACGGAGAAGAGUCGACUCACACGAUUGUUGCACCUAAGAUCUCGAAAGCUCGCGCGUGUGCGGAAUGCAAACGGCAUAAGAUUAAGUGCGAGGUGAAGCCUGGGGAAACCAGCUGCACCAAGUGCCUCAAAAGUGGUGCCAAAUGCGUGGCCAAUGACUUCUCUCAGAGAUUUGUUGAUGACGAUGUUAACUGGAAGGCUCAGGCCACCAAUAGAAUGCAGCGCCUGGAAGCUGCUGUAUCCUAUCUUCUCCGUGAGAACAAGUUCCCUUCGCUCUCAGCCUUCGAUUUGGCUCACUCGCCUAGAGCGCCUUCCGACCUGAGCUCUACUCCGAACCAUGCGCCCAGUGAAGUUCAUGUUAAUGAUAUGAAUGUUGCCAAGUCGUUGGACAUGACCAGGGAGAAUUCUCAGGAGCCAAUGCCCGAAGAGCCCGACCUUGUACCUGCUCCUAUGGGGACUCUAUACGAAGUCACAAAGCUCCGCAAUCUAAGAAGUAACCAAGUUGGAAAGCCGAAGUCAACAUUGAUGGAAGAGGAUUUCAUUUCGAGAGGUUGCAUCUCACUCCGCGAGGCUGAAGAAUUAUUUGCGUACUUUCGUCGUACUUUAAACCAGCUUCUCUGGGGCGGGAUAAUUUUGUUACAUCCUGAUUUAUCAUCUGUUAGAAGGUCAUCAUCCCUCCUAGCCACUGCAAUUUUAACAGUGUCUGCGCUUCAUAUUCCCAACCGGACAGAUACCCUUAACAAGUGCUACAAUGAAUUUGUCUCAUUGAUUGGGGCUGCCACCUUGUCACGCUAUCACACACUGGACGACAUCCGAGCCAGGUGCAUUGGUGCGUUCUGGCUGCCGGAUCUUAGCUGGAAGCUCUCUGGGCAAGCAGUGCGAAUAGCGACUGAGAUCAACUUACAUCACAGUUUCUUAAAGAUGACGAGGGGACAGACUGAUCAGUUUGAACGCGCCAAGCUCUGGUACUUGAUCUAUGUCUGUGAACAUCAUUUUAGCAUCGCAUACGGAAGGCCCCCUUCAAUCCACGAAGAUGCUGCUAUCAAAAAUUAUGAAACUUUUUUACAAUCCCCGUCUGCUGUCCCGGGGGAUGUUCGACUUAUUGCUCAGGUUGCAUUGUUCGUCAUUUUGACUGAAGCCUAUCGGAUUUAUGGGUCAGACACCGAGCAAGCAUUAACAGAGUCUGACUUCGGUCAACUGCGAUCUUUUAACAGGGCCAUUGAGCAAUGGAGAAUGCUGUGGCAGCCCCGGUCUCUUGAUAAUCCAUAUGUUCGAACAUACCCUUCAAAGGGUGUUGUACUGCAUUAUCACUUUGCCAGAUUCCAGCUCAAUUCUCUGGCGCUCCGUGCCAUUUCGCCAAAUAUGCAAUUUUCACCAGAGCGUAAGGAAGCCGCAAAUGUAGCCAUAUCUUCGGCUAUGGCUACCCUCAACCUCGUUUUAGAGGAGGUAGACUUACGUGACGCCGUCGUGGGUGUGCCAAUCUUCACACAUACUAUGAUCACAUUCUCUGCCGUCUUUUUGCUCAAAGUUGCUGUCAUUUGGAAUACAGGAUAUCUGAAUGUGGAUGCCGGCCAGGUGCAACAUUUGGUGGAGCGAGUUAUCGAUUUGAUCACCCGCGCAAGCGCAGGAGAGAAACAUUUAACUCGCCAUAUUUCAAGGGGACUUGGCAAAAUGCUUGAACGUUUCAAGGCAUGGAACCGAUCUACGACAAACACCUCUCCCGAUAGCACCAGCAUGACCAAUCCUAUUAUGGACAGUGGGACGGACAGUAGUACUAGCUUUACGCCUUCUAACAUGUUAAUAUCUGACAUGGUGGGCGCAUAUGGGUUUAAUCUCGACGAACAUUUUCUUGACCCAUAUAUGCCUAGCUAUGGGUUUUAUGCCACUUGA